CUGGUGCCCCCCAGUGGAACAAGUUUAGUAGGAGUUGAAAAAACCCGUAGGAAGUGGGUUACCAUACAUUAUCCAAGAUGGCGGCCGCAGAUGGAGACGAUUCCCUCUACCCUAUUGCUGUACUCAUUGACGAACUGCGAAAUGAGGAUGUCCAGCUACGUCUGAAUAGCAUCAAGAAGUUGUCAACAAUUGCUUUAGCGUUAGGGGUGGAGAGGACUCGCACUGAGCUGCUUCCCUUCCUUACAGAUACUAUCUACGAUGAGGAUGAGGUGCUUCUUGCGCUUGCCGAGCAGCUCGGUAACUUCACCAUGCUGGUUGGAGGCCCGGAGUACGUGCACUGCCUCCUGCCCCCACUGGAGAGCCUGGCCACCGUAGAGGAGACGGUGGUGCGUGACAAGGCUGUGGAGUCCCUGCGUAAGAUCUCCCAUGAGCACUCCCCUGUGGACCUGGAGGUGCACUUUGAGCCCCUGGUGAAGAGGCUGGCCAGUGGCGACUGGUUCACCUCCCGCACCUCUGCCUGUGGGCUCUUCAGUGUGUGCUAUCCCCGUGUCUCCAGCACCGUCAAAGCAGAGAUUCGCCAGCAUUUCCGCAACUUGUGUUCCGAUGACACUCCCAUGGUGCGCCGUGCUGCAGCCUCUAAACUGGGAGAGUUUGCCAAAGUCCUGGAGCUGGAGUACGUCAAGAGUGACAUCAUAUCCCUCUUUACAGCUCUGGCGUCUGAUGAGCAGGACUCUGUGCGACUGUUAGCUGUGGAGGCCUGCGUCAGCAUUGCCACGCUGCUACCGCAAGAGGACCUGGAGUCUCUGGUCAUGCCCACUCUCCGCCAGGCAGCAGAAGACAAGUCAUGGAGAGUGCGCUACAUGGUGGCCGACAAGUUCUCUGAGCUUCAGAAGGCAGUGGGACCAGAGAUCACCAAAAACGACCUGGUUCCAGCUUUCCAGAACCUUCUGAAGGAUUGUGAGGCAGAGGUUCGGGCCGCUGCAGCAAAUAAGGUUAAAGAGUUCUGUGAAAAUUUGACCGAGGACAGCAGAGAGACCAUCAUCAUGACCCACAUACUACCUUGUGUUAAGGAACUAGUUUCAGAUACCAACCAGCACGUCAAGUCCGCUCUAGCAUCAGUCAUCAUGGGUUUGUCCACCAUCCUUGGUAAAGACAACACCGUUGAACAUCUUCUUCCACUGUUCCUGGCACAGCUGAAAGAUGAGUGCCCCGAGGUUCGUCUGAACAUCAUCUCCAACCUGGAUUGUGUCAACGAGGUGAUUGGGAUCCGCCAGCUGUCGCAGUCUCUGUUGCCGGCCAUUGUGGAGCUGGCAGAGGACGCCAAGUGGAGGGUGCGUCUGGCCAUCAUUGAGUACAUGCCCCUGUUGGCAGGGCAGCUGGGUGUGGAGUUCUUUGAUGAGAAGCUGAAUUCUCUGUGCAUGGCAUGGCUUGUUGACCAUGUUUAUGCCAUUAGGGAAGCAGCAACAUGUAACCUGAUGAAGCUGGUGGAGAAGUUUGGAGCAGAGUGGGCACAGAACACCAUCGUCCCCAAAGUCCUGGGCAUGGCCAACGACCCCAACUACCUCCACAGGAUGACCACCCUGUUCUGUAUCAAUGCCUUAUCUGAGGCUUGUGGCCAGGACAUCACCACAAAACACAUGCUCCCCGUGGCCCUGAAGAUGUCCAACGACCAGGUGGCCAACGUCCGCUUCAAUGUGGCCAAGACUCUGCAGAAGAUUGGGACGGUGCUGGACAGCAACUCUCUGCAGGCUGAAGUGAAGCCGGUGCUGGAGAGGUUGGCUACAGAUCCAGACAUGGAUGUCAAGUUCUUCGCUCUGGAGGCCAUAAGUGUUCUUGCCCUGAACUAGAGGAUCCACACACAAGAUGAACUUUCAGCGUCUCUCGCACCUCAGCACUGAUGUCUGUGAUCAUUUGUUGAACAUUUAACCCAAUUCAAUGGUGCAGAGGGAGUAUCUUCUGGGGAAACUCUGUUUUCACUCUAGAUGUCUUACUCACUGAGCCCUCCGCACUCCUGCUAAACACACUAUUCUGGUUCCUUCUUCACCAGAGCAGAAGACACUCAGAAGUCUGAUGCUUCGGAGCCACUAAAAUGUCCCUGUCCUGUACCCUCACUGACCUUUGAGCUUUCCAGUAGCACUUUGUAGGUUGCCCACUGUACUUGCAACGCCACAAGCGCAUCUGCACCCGUUAGAAAAAAUUUAGAAGCAAAGCAGCUGACUCGCUGUUUAGCAUAAUUUGUGUGUACUGUGAGUCUGCGCUUGCGUUUCUAGUGGUUUGCCAGGCCUUGUUCUAGCACCAUGCUGUGCAUGCGUAGAGCAUGGCUCAGGACUACACCCACCGCUUGUAGACUGUGGAGCCACAGAUGUGCUGCCACAGAAGACCGUCAUCCUUCACAGACAAAAGCAUUAUCAACAUGGCUGCUUUCCUAAAGGGACCACAACAAAACUCCCUCCACCUACUUAGCGUUACGUGCUGCACAAGCUGACAUCCUAUCUUUUCUGCUGUCCAUUUUAAGCUGCCCCCCCCCCCCCCCAUGCUCUUUGUGCCAUUAACCAUGCUCCACACAUCUCCCUCACUUUCCCCUAUUUUAAUUCUUAAGGGUCUUUGUUCAUAACGAAGUGUUCUGUAUGCUGACUUGUAACUUAUAUCAUUUGUACAGAAAACAGUUGCAUGAUUUCACAUACACUGUAAAAUUGGGUCUCGAUGCAUCAGGAGGUGUUUUAAUUGAUUUGUUGUGAUGCUGUAGAUGCUACAUGCAGUACAUGACGGUGAAACAGGCGUUUCAAAUGUGAACUGACAUCAGCUGUAGGGGUGUAACUAUAGCGUAUCUGUUGUGUCAUAAGAACAUGUCUUGUUUGUAUAUGAACAUGUUGCACCUCUUCCCUACUGACGCACGGAAGGGGAAAUGUUUUGGGAAUAAUCAAUAAAUAACCCGAGGUAACUCA